AUGGAUAAAAGGAUAUUUAGUUUAGUUUGUAUCAUCUUGUAUGUCCUUUUGGUUGUAUCAAUACAUUGCUCGGAACAGAAAAAUGAUCGAUCUAAGACAUCUGACUUAAGAAGUAGAAUCAUUCGUGCUAUCAAGAAAAUAAACAGAAGUAACAAAAAAAAUGUUAUAAAAUAUAAGCACAGCCUCCAAUUAAAUAACAAUAAUAAUAACGAUUUUGAUUAUGAAGACUAUACAGACUACUAUCAUGAUGAUAUAGAAGACGAUGAUCAAGAAGUGGGCGAUGGUUGUUGUGGUUGUUUUGGUUGUUAA